AGAAUCUAGGGGCUACAUUGUAGCAAUUAAAUGUGUGUAGCAUGUAAUCUAGGAUACAUUGUAACAGUUAUUUAUAUAUAUAUAUAUAUAUAUAUAAAUGAUAGUUGACAAAUUCUCAGCCACAUGACAGUGCAAUUUCAUUAUGAAGAAGUUAUCUAGUAGCAAGCUUCAUUUCACUUCAUAGGCUAAGAAAAGGGGAAACAGGAAAAGGAGAACAUCUUUCCCAGAAAGAUAAACACGUAAUAUAACCCAGGCAACUGCAAUAGCAGCGGUAAACAGAUUUUACGAAUUAUCAAUGUCGACCGCACUUCUGGCUGUCUUUCUGGCGGAAGCAAUGCUUUGCGCUGUUUCAGGUGAACACCUCUACAGAAAAGUGGGAAAGGAUCUUGUGUUGACGCCGGACAAGUCCUCAGUGCCUGACUCCAUCACAACCAUCCUAUGGAAGCAUGGGAAGAACAAGGUGGCAGAGUGGGACAAGGAUUUUGGUGGUCUGGACAUCUAUGCUGCCUUCAUAAACCGUACAACCCUGGACCAGACUACUGGAGAGCUGAGAAUCAGUGGAUUGAUGAAAACAGACAGUGGAGAUUAUUCUGUGGAGUUCAACGGCAAACCACUUAAGACAUUUACACUAUCUGUUAUAAAGGCAGUCCCCAAACCCGCAAUUACAUCCUCCUGUAACUCCAACAAAACCUCCUGCACUCUGACCUGUGAAGGCAACACCACUGAUGCUGAACCAGUCACCUACAGCUGGAAAGCGGGAGAGGGGGCGUGGGAGGUCUCAGGGCAACAGAAGAUUGUCUCUAGGAAUGACAACACUAACAGCUACACGUGUCAGCUUACGAACCCUGUGAGCGAGGCCAGUGAAGACUUUGAUAAAGACCUUUUUGGUCCAGAUGGCUGGUUGACCAAGGCCAGGUUAUUUGGUAUUUCUGUUUUUGUUCUGGCUGUUGCUGGAGUUCUAUUGUUCAUUCUUGGUCAUAGAGCUAAAACAGGAGUUUGCUUCUAUGAGAAAGAAUCAAUGCCAUGGGAAGGAGAAUUUUGGAAAGACCAGGGAGAAGUGAGACCUGCCACUGAUGCAUCAAAUGGAGUUUCUGCAUCCACAGGUGUUUCCUACUCUGCUGUUAACACACCCACUGCUGAAGAGGGGCGGGGGAAGGAAGAGGAAGCCCUGGCGAGGAAUAAUGAUCAUCAAGAUGAUAAAGUAUGGUAGGAUGCUGUGGAUCUGUGGGCCAGAGGAUCACUGUGGAUCAAGAGAAACAAACAUCUAGACAACGAGCACUGGAUGACAAAGGGAACGCUCUAACACUUUAUUGUACCAUUAAAAGAAUGUUACAUCCCGAUCUGAGGAAUAGAGGUCAAUUUGAGUUAGAUGUAGGAUCUUAAUUUGAGCUAGUUUGUUACUGCAGGAAAAUAGUCCUGCGGCAACAGGGAAUGUGAAUUAGAAUUGGAAAAAAAUUGUAGGGGUGAUUUUCGUACAGGAAUAUCAAAUCAAAUGUCAAAGAGAAAAUUAAACUUCAGAAGCCUUUUCAAUCCUUGAGUACACUACAAGUUUUACAUUUCCUGCAAUACGAUGAUCAAAUUAAGAUUCUACAUCUGUAAACUUAAAACAAUUUGCAAACUCAAUUACCAGUUGCAAAGUAAAUUGCUAAGCCUUAUAAAUUAUCAGGAUCAUAGACAAACCUAUGACACCAAUGACUACUACACUGACUGUUUACAUGCCACUAAUUAUUCAAUAUUAAGAUAAUUAGGGCAAUACUCUUGAGUUUGGGAUUAGUCAUGUCAACACCUUACUCGGAUUAAGGUCAUAAACGACGAAGUAAGCAUAUGCCGAUUAAAACACUUACACAGAUUUUUUUUUUUUGUUGCAAUUUUCCGAACUAUAAUGGCAUGUAAACACCUUAAUCUGAGUUUCAGUGGUGUAUUAAUGGCAUGUAAACACCUUAAUCUGAGUUUCAGUGGUGUAUUAAUGGCAUGUAAACACCUUAAUCUGAGUUUCAGUGGUGUAUUAAUGGCAUGUAAACACCUUAAUCGGAGUUCCAGUGGUGUAUUUGAUCUGCGCAUGUGCUAUCGCGAGCAGCGUGAGCCACCCUCUAUGGCACAAGUAAAGUGAGUUUGGAAAAUCUGAAAGUAUGCAUUUUAUGUCCAAACUUUGAAUCAAAUAGGCUUCCCAAAAAUUAGAUGAUAGAACGUUUAUUUUGAUUGGUGAUUUUCAGGUUGCCCGAUUAUGACCUGUCCAUGUAAACCGGAUUGUAGGGGGAAUCGUUCUCGCAAAGCACGUAAACAUGAAUCAAACUAUAAUAAGAGUAUUCACACUAAUAAAAUUGAAUGCAUAUGAACAUACCCUGUCACAUUGUAUAAGGAUCGGAGACAGGCGCAGGAAUAUGUAAUAGGGGGUUUUAUUACUCCACCCAAAAUACAACAUGUCAUGAAAAGGCACGGGGACAAAGCCCAAAACAAACAGGUAUAUAAAAUACACAGGGAUGUAACCCCCAAAAAAGAGCGAGGUUUAAACCUCUAAAUAUUACACGGGACAAGACCAGAAAUAACAAGUGCACAAUACGCGUAGCACGAACGCCAGCACAGGUACUCACUAGACUAACAGACAUGGGAACAAUAACCGACAAGGACAAUGGAGAACAGAGGGCACAUAUAAAAACAUACUAAUCAAGGGGAAUGGAACCAGGUGUGCGUAAUGAGACAAGACAGUCUGGGGUUGAUGAUAAUGAAUCCAGUUCAGUGACGCCUAGAAAGCCGGUGACGUAGAUCUCCAGAGCUGGUGCACUGAAUGAGCAGCAGUACCGGGGGAAUCAGUGACAUACCCAUUGUUACAUGAAAUACAGUAGUUUGCAAAAAGAUUUAACUUAAAGUUUGUGCUUAUAUAAAAAUAUGCAGUUGGUGUAGUGCAAUUGCUCAAACUAAAGCCGUGUGCCUUUUAAGCCUGCCCACACUUCUACUCUGCCAGUGUGUAUCUCUGUGUGUAUCUGUGCUUCCAUCUCUGUUCUUUAUUAAGCUAUGUAAGAACAAGUUUACUGCACUACUAGCAAACUUUACAAUGACAAUCUUAAGAUGAGUGAUGUGAUUGCAAGAUCACUGCCUUACCUUUCAUAGUCAAAGUGCUGUCUAAUUGGAACGUCAUUUUACAUGUUUAUUUCCUGCAGCUUAAACCAAUUUUGUGUUGAACGAAUGUACAAGUAUGUUUUAUGUAUAUAUUUCCUUAGAGACCACGGCCUCAGUUUUGUACAUGCAUUUUGUGAGUGUGAAGGCUGUCUUUUUAACAGAAUUGUAAAACUGUCACUCUUAGAACUUAGUAGUAAUAAAGCAUUGAUUUUAUUUUUAA